GGCGCAUAAGCGGCGUCGGGCGCCGCAGUCGCGCGCUUGCACUCUCAGCGGUGAGCGGAGUUUGUAACGUGCGUAAUAGCUCGAAAACGUCUUCUGGUCUGUUUUGUUUGGCCGUGUUCGCGUAUACGGCCACCCGGUGUAUAUAAUAUUCCCCGUAACCCGUGUUUUGUGUCUCUGAACCUGCGAACAAAAAAGAAAAGAAGAAGUAACAAUAUAAUUCAGCUAGAGAAGUGGAUAGACAGAAACACGCGUAUAGAGAGAAAAAGAGCCGUGCACACGCGAGACACGAACCAACGUCGCUCCCCUUUCACCGAUACAUAGAAAACCACGACCACACGGUGAAUGUCGUCGACGGAGAGUGAAACGACGGCGAGAAUAACAUAGCGAAAAAAAAAAAAAGAAAAAAGUAAAUAUCGACGAGGUGGUGCGUCAAAGGGGAACACUCCCUUAAUAGGCAGACGAAAACGACGCGCGGACGUGUGGUGGUUUUCGUCGAGGCGAGGCGAGGCCCACGAUCCCGGUGCUCCUACAUUUUCAUCGUCUUCUAGGAUUUCGUGCAUCGUUUUCUCUUCCGUGGUGUAUUUCACAGACUGAUCCGGAAAAUCAGUGACGUGUGACACACGUGUAUUUGUAAUAACGCAGUGCAAGUGUUUCUCGAUUUGGCGCCUGUGCUCGAGGGGACCGUGUCGCUCGCUGGCCACCGUCGGUUCAUCGUGUACACCUCGUUAUAUGGUGGUGGUAGUUGAGCACCAGUGGGAGGAGGGCGGCAGCGGGGCCCAGGGCGAUGUGGCUAGCAAGUGGGAAAGCUCGAGGAGGUGAUAACGACUUCUGACCUUCCGUGAGAGCGUGUACCGCGACGUAGAGGGCGCCGCCGUCGAUCGUCAAGCGAAAAGGCUCACCAUUCGGAAGAAAACGAGAAGAAAGAGGCGGAAGAAGAAGAAGUGGAAGAAACUGAGUACGAAAACGGCGACGAAAGAAACGAAAAGGGUGGAGAGUGAAAAAGAAAGAGGGAGUAAAAAAGGCGAGCUCUAAAGGGGAGGCAAACAUCAACAGGGAUAGAAAAAUACAGAUACGUGUUUUGGAGAGAGAAGCACGCGAUUAAAACGCCAUAAAAUUUGAAAAAAGAAAACAACAAAAAAUCGAAUUGAAGGGAAGGAAAGAGGGUGGGAAAGAAACGGGGAAACAUUGAGAAAUAAAUUCCUUCCUCGUGGCCAGGUUGAGCACACACAAGACAUUCUCCUUCUGCAGCGGGAUAUCGCUCCUGUACAUUAAAAAAAAAAGAACAAAAAAAAAAAAAUAUAACUUCUACCUUGAGAACAUAUACCUCGUGCGUACAAGUACCUUCAAACAUAACCUCUUUUUCGCAGCGUAAUAGUGCCUAGGCCCCUCCGGAAGAACGCGACUACAAAUAAUAAUAAUAAUACAAAUAAUAAUAAAUAAUAAUAUUAAUAAUUAAUAGCAACGUUAUACAUAUAUUAUAUAUAUAAAUAUAUACAGAGAAAAUAAAAGAUCUAACGAGAGACGAAAGAAGUUUUAACGUUUUAAUCAUAAUCGUCAGUUUCGUUCGUUCGACUUGCAAGUCAUAAACGUACACAAACACACAUAAAACAUAGGCAAACCCAGUGACUAUCUGUAUGUAUACGGACGUGAACGUAUGCAAGAGAGAGAAGAGCGGUCUGUUGAGAUCAAGAUCGGGAUCGAGCAAGUUACGAACCACUUGGUCCAAGGUUGGACAGAAUUUGAAGAGGAAGAAUCGUGGUGGUGCGUCGAUAUAUAGAUCUUAUCAGGAAUAUUCUCGUUGAUAACGGUACCUCUCCCCCUUCGAGCCCCUUAAUCGAUUAAUACGAACCAGGACAGCGAAGUACCUGCAGCAAACACAGAUAUAUUUAUAAGAAUAAUUUAUAUGAUAUAUAUAUAUAUAUUAUAUAAAUAAAUGAGUAUAUAUAAUACAGACACACAAACAGACACCGAUAGUAAUAAAAUAGUAAAAAGCAGCCUGUUGAAAGGCGACAAGUAACAGCUAAGGGCAAAGAGAAUAAUAACGAUAUCGAUAAGAGUAUAUAAUAAUUAAAAAGUAAUAAACGAUAGUUGUUAAGAGGAAAAGAGAGAAGAAGAUCGUACAACAGAGUGUGAGUGCUUAAAUAAUUCUAGAACGCGCUACGGUUAGAGUACUUCUACUUUUCACGGUUAAUCUACUCAGCAAUUGCGGAGCCUGUUCUACAUAUACGAUCAAGAUACCUCAAGACAGCAACGGACGACGAUCCGACUCGACUAGCAUGCACCUGGGCCCGCGGUUCGAGGCGCACUUCAAGAUGCGGUAGAGGAAGUCCCUCGACGAGAGUCCAGAAAGCAAUCGGUGCAACCAAUUCGAGUCUCGUCCUUUGUAACCAGAGCAUAAUCGCGUGCAUAAUAGCAGUUAGAUUAAGAGACUUGGACCCAAGACACGCUCACACCCUACCAAACGUAGGACAAACUUGGGUCUUUCUCUUCCAAUCCCCAUACGAAUCCAAACUCACAGAGCACCCAUCGGCAUCCAGGGGUCAGAACCCAAUUAAUCGAGCCUGGGAGCCUCUGACGACGAAAUCCACUGCCUUUCAAGCCGCCAGGUUAUCGUGAACCCCUUAAACAAGCCAGCCAAACCUCUUCAAACCUCUUCAAACAGCGUCAAAACUCGACAAACCACCUCGAAUUUCAUCAAAACCAUCAGAAAAUUGGGAGAAAGGGUUUACAAAAGCUACUAGAAUCUCCCUAGGGGACUUUGAGAGGCAAGUGAACAGAGGUGAGCAGAGGACCCGUCACGGUGGCCAGCUUAGUGAGCGGCAACGUAGCGGUGCGUUACGAUGAGGCGUCGGGAGUGGUUGGCACGGGGGGUGUCGUGUUGGCAGCCACUUCCAGGUUAGCCACUGCGGAUCCAGCGACGUCCAGCAUGGACACCAGCGACUCCAGCAUGGACACGACUAACGGAGGCUCGAAUACCGGGGUAGCAGGCGUCGGAACGAUCACCUCUGUGGUGGCUGGAGCCGCGUCCCUGACGCUGGUCAAGGCCGAGACGCCUGAACUCCUGGCUGGAACGUCCACGACGUCCUCAUCGGUCGCGGGCCCGGUUACUGCGGCCGGUGGCCUGUUCGCUGGGAUCGCGGCGGGUAACAAAAGCGCCAGACCCGACGACUGGCGCCCAGGUUCGCCGACCGCCACGCUGCAGGGCCAACACGUGGUCUACACGAAUCCUCAGCAACAGUUGACCGAGUCGCAGCAACAGCAACCGCCUCUCGCUCAUUCCAGCCCCUUGGCACAUCAACAGCAGCAGCAGCCCAGUAGCAACAACGGAUACGCCAGCCCUAUGAGCACCAGCAGCUACGAUCCUUACAGUCCCAACAGUAAAAUAGGUAGGGACGAGCUGUCGCAGCCUGGCUCUUUGAACGGUUAUGGAAGCAGUGGUGGCGGAGGUGGUGGAGGCGGAGGGGGCGGUGGAGGUGGCGGCAGCGACGGCUGUGACGCCAGGAAGAAGAAAGGACCGACCCCGAGGCAGCAGGAGGAACUGUGCCUGGUCUGUGGUGACCGUGCCUCCGGUUAUCACUACAACGCACUGACCUGCGAGGGCUGUAAGGGCUUCUUCCGGCGCAGCAUCACCAAGAACGCGGUAUACCAGUGUAAAUACGGGAAUAAUUGCGAGAUCGAUAUGUACAUGCGGCGCAAAUGUCAGGAAUGCAGACUGAAGAAGUGUCUGACAGUGGGUAUGAGGCCUGAGUGUGUCGUGCCUGAAUACCAAUGUGCUGUCAAACGCAAGGAAAAGAAAGCACAGAAGGAGAAGGACAAGCCGAACAGUACAACGAUGAACGGUUCCCCAGGCAGUGGGAUACGCAGCGAUCAGAUGGGAGUGAAGAUUGAACCAGCAGAAGCAGAGUCGUUGUCCACGUCUGGUAGCAGCGGUAUUCUAACGCCGGUCAGCCCCUAUGGCUACGUGAAACCGAUCAGCCCGGAGCAAGAGGAGCUGAUACACAGGCUCGUGUAUUUCCAGAACGAGUACGAACAACCCAGUGAAGAGGAUCUCAAGAGGAUCACUAAUCAGCCCUCAGAAGGAGAAGACAUCAGUGAUUAUAAAUUCAGGCACAUCACCGAGAUCACGAUCCUGACGGUACAGUUGAUCGUUGAGUUCUCGAAGAGGCUACCUGGCUUCGACGAGUUGAUGCGAGAGGAUCAGAUGGCCCUGCUGAAGGCCUGUUCCAGCGAGGUGAUGAUGCUUCGAAUGGCGAGGAAGUACGACGUGCAGACGGACAGCAUAAUAUUCGCCAACAACCAGCCUUAUACCAGGGACAGUUACAACGUGGCAGGCAUGGGCGAGACGAUUGAGGAUUUGUUACACUUCUGCCGGCAGAUGUACGCCAUGAAAGUGAAUAAUGCCGAAUACGCGUUGUUGACUGCCAUUGUCAUAUUCUCAGAGAGACCGAACCUGCUGGAAGGCUGGAAAGUCGAGAAAAUCCAAGAGAUCUACUUGGAGGCGUUGAAGGCUUACGUCGACAACAGACGCAGGCCGAAGUCCGGCACGAUCUUCGCGAAGCUUCUGUCGGUGUUGACCGAACUGCGGACCCUCGGCAACCAGAACAGCGAGAUGUGCUUCAGUUUGAAGUUCAAGAACAAAAAGCUGCCAGUUUUCCUCGCUGAGAUCUGGGACGUGACACCCUAGUUCCCCCGUAGCCGAUCCCCGUCGGCUAACACCGUUGUUGUUUCAUCGCGAGUCCGCGCAGCGUCUGGAGUGAUGAAGCUGACAGAGCACAGCAUCAUCGACAGACGUGGAACGUGGACGUGCAGAACCUCCUGUACUAGUGCACCACCAUGCCACUGCCUGAGUAAUAGACCGCCGGCGUCUUUGAGUAGCACCGGAUCGUUCAGAAUUCGCUUCUCACCUUCUCUACGCUCUGCACCGGCCUCGUGAAGGCUGCAGGAGAGCUAAUUUCGGCAGUGCUAGUUGGAGCUAGAUGCGGAGGAUGAUACAUAAUACAAAAAGUCAGGAAGAAGAAGGCAGUGGCGAGGCACCCAGGCUGUGAUAUGUAGAGACAGUACAGAGACUGUAAUAAGGAGCUACCUACAGUUAUGUUAUUACUAUAUCCUCUACCUGGCUACCCCCGGAAUCGAUAUGUAAAUGUAUAAUGUGUAAUUGUAAUAAGGUAAAGAAGCGGGCGCGUUGUAAGAGCAACCAAGCGAGUACGAGUGUAACCAGAGGAGCUAAGAGACAAGAAUGUGAGAGAGAGUGUGUGUUUAAUUGUAUGCGUGUGCAAUUUUCGGCUGAGAAUGUGACUGAUCACUACGAGAUAAUCACGAUGAUAAACGAUUGAUGAUAGGAUACAAUCGCACUCCUUGUAUUUUCGUGCGAGCAAAUAAGGGUAGAGAGAGACGAGGUAGGCCCGGCCGGCUGUUGAGCAGCGACCUGGCCCGGCCGACACACGAAUCGAGUGCGAUGUAACGAAGAAACAAAAAUAAUGAUGAUGAUGAUGAAAAAUAAUAACAAACCAUACGAUUAUACAUAAUGAUACCAUAGAGUCUAUAUCACAACACAUAGCAUAAUAAUAUAUUGCUAGCAUGUACAUUGUUUAUACGUGGAAAGAAAAGUUCGAAGAGAGAGUGGUGGUUGAAAAGUUGAUCGUUGAGUGAUGAUGGUGGAAACAAUUUUUUCCGCGACGAAUAGGUAUAUAUUCAGAAGACGAGGCUUGGCAUUUGCGCGCGUCCGGGUUUUCUUUUUCGUGAACUGGCAAGAGAAAGGGGCAGGAAAGGAAGGAAGAGAGAAUUAAAAAAUGCGUAGUAGCAAUGUAGGACGUUAAGUAAAGUAAAAGUAAGCGAGGCUAGUUGGUAGUAGGUCGUAGUAAGUCAGUGAAGCUAGGCUAGGUGACCGAGUUCAAGUGCAAAGCCUUGUGCCUUCAGCAGCGGACAUCGGCUCACCGACAAAACGAAAAUAUGAAAUUUAACCGUCCGUUUUAAUUUUUUAAUAAAAAAAAGAUGAAAAAAUCAACAAAAUCAAGCAAAAUAUUAAGUAAAUCUUGUGCAAACGUGGGAGAGAAAGUUAGAGUGAGAGAGUCAAGAGCGAAAGAGAGGGAGUGACUGAGAUGGGAUAAUUAAAUUGCGUUUAGACGGAGAGAAAGAUCAGCAUGUAAGAGUGAGGGAGUAAAUGAACAAAAACAUUGAAGAGAAAAGGGUGAGAGCUGAUUUCGCGAGAAACUGACAGAAAUUGGAAAAAAGGAUCUUUCUAAAGGAGAAACAUGGAACAGGGUCGCGCCAGAUCAGCUGGAGACGGAAUUUGGUUUAAGGGGGUGACGAUACGCUUCGACACGUUGGGUCUACAACAGCCUAGCCAGACCCUGGGACAUACAAUGCUAGCAUAAAAACACACUUUGAUUGCUGAAGGAGGCUGGAUGAAGUAGCACUGAGAAUAAUCAGAGGACAUUCAGCUGGCUCAUACUCGAACCGAGAGUGACAGACACACGUACACACCACGUACACGCGCGCACGCACUUGGUUUCACAGGAGAAUCGGUAAAUUUGAAAAGACACAGCGCAUGCACACAGACACCAAUGUGAGCCACACUGUACACUAAGAUUCUCAAUGUUGUAACACUGUAACUCUAUGCUAUUAACUGAUCGUACGCAGUUGUAAUUUCGUAGUAAGUUAAAUGAGCAAACCAAAAAGAAAAAAAAGCGAAAAAAAAGAUAAAUAACGUGCGUGCAAAAUUUUGUCGAGUCUAGAAGAAAAGAAGAACAGGUGAUCGAACUUGACAGGCGAUUUACGUUUGGCGACGAACAUCUGGAUAAAAGGAUGACGAGAAAAAUGAGACUGGAUACAUAUAGAAGGACACGAGGAAGACUUACUAGUACAUCGUCUAGAGCAAAAAUAGAAACAUCUUAGAGACACAGUGUUUUACUAUUAUACAAUUAUAUGUUGAACGAUGCGAAAAAUACAAGUGGCACGUUACUAUAUCGAGGUAAUAUCGUUUUUCUCCGAUCUGGUCGAUUUGGGGCUCGAGGAGGGUUUCAUGUUCGAUACUCGGGACUAGUUACGUGACCUAAUAAUCACCACCAAUAGUCACGUCCAUUAGGUUACGACAUCCUUGUUGCCUCAGAUCGAACUGACACGGACAGGGACAAUCGACACGUCCCAUCGAAUCUAUGAUGAAAGAUCUACAAAUUAAUGCCGUAAGGCAUACACUGCCACACCGCAGAACAGCGUGAAAAGAACCUAGUGCUGGCUAAAUGCGAGACAGAGCUACUGGAAGCUGAGAAAAAAGAUAUCCAAACCAUCGUCACCAUCGCCCAUCAAUGUGAUUGUUGCUUCUACAUUGAAGUAAUUCACAUUGUUCUUCAAAAUCAAUGAGAUGACACCUUUAGGAACUCGGUCAAUGACUCAGACCAUUGCUGCGAGCCAAAUUUGGAUAUUUGAUUGGAUCUGAAAAUGACCAAUUGGUUAUCAAAUUUGGGAACAAAAGGAUCACGGUCUAUCGGUAUAAUUGGAUGAAGAAAUCUUUAGAACAAGUGGCUCCAGCAAUGAGUAGAGGCUGAGGGGCCUUGUAUAGAAACACCAGACACAUUUGCACACACCUAUACACCGCAUUUGUUGUAUCACGAAAAAACACCAAGUGGUUUUAGACAUCGCCGUUUCUGCUAUAAAGUGAGAAUGUGAUGGGAACAGAAAGAUUUUCUUGAAGUACGAUGACAUUGCCUAUUGUAUACAUCUGUAAAGUAGCUAACAGUCAUUGACUCGUGGUAAGAAGCGUGUUUGAGAAUCCACGGGUCGAUGAUGAAUUAACACGUUCGUUUGGACUCUAGAGUCCUUACAGAGUUAAUAUUUAAGCGUACUGCGACAGCUUAUAAAAUCUACUCCCUUCUGAUUAUCAGUGGAGACCCUGCAAAGAUGUUUCACUGAGUUAAAUCGCCAUUGCUGAAGACUUAUAAAGUCGUUCUCUCAUACGUAAGUGUCGUAUGUAUGUAGACUGAUGUUUAGUUGAGAAUUGGGAUCAACUUCGGUUAGAAUGAUCAAGCUUUGACCAGACUACGUUACUUGUUUCUUGCUAUGAGCUUUUGCCAUUUAUCGAACCUUGCUCAUUAUAGUUUCUUUUUAACCUGUUAAUUGAGAAUUUUUUUGGAUAUAAUGUCUUUAUCUAAUCUUUUAUUUUGAUUUUUUUUUUGCUAUGUAUGGUCCACAAUUAUAUAUUUCAUUUUUUUUUUUUUUUAAUAUAAUUCGGUAUCUUUAUAAAAAUAGUAUGUUUAUUCAGAAUCGUGGUUUGGGUUACAUUUAUACCUUUAAUCUUCCAGCUUUAAAAAACUUGGUGAACAGGUUAAUGGAACAUACUUAGCUACCAACCGUACCUUAAGAAUUUUUCAGACUCUUCUUUCAUGGAACUUGAUUGCUUUCAACAGAGAAAGCAAAGAAAGUAUCCUAACAGAUAAUACCGUUAAAAUUUCAGAGCUUGACCAUUCACAAUCGGAGACAACAAUUGCUCCUUGGACUCCUGGUUCAAUACCAAAGCGAAAAUCGUGCAAUAAAUGAAAUUUGUGGUGAUCAGUUUGCUAGAUGGGAGAACGGCAUGGCGGAAAUUAGAUUCUCAGAAUGGAGAUCCCUGUACCUUGGAGCGCAGAAAAAUCGUCACGGACCGUCGACGGCAGGUCGUCAUCGACACUCUUUCGUUUGUAGCGUCUAGAGUCACCCUCGAAUCCCCGAGGGUCUUCCCCGUUGCGCGAAGAAUCUUCGCCAUGAUUCCCGACACGGUGCCCGUGAAGUUCGCGCGGCAACCGUCAGAUGGCGGCGUUGAGAUAUGCAUCUCGCCUUAGGCGACGUUUUCUCUCAACCGGACGUGUUUGACGUAAAAAGAUCGGGCGGGAAUCAAGGUGAACCGCAUCCUUCGGCGAAUCAGAAACCGGUCACACGUUACUCCGUGUGUAAGUGUGAGCUGAGAAGUGAAAAGAGAGAAAGAUAGAAUAAAAGAGUCAGAAUGCAAGGGAGUAUGAGUGGAGGGGCGACGAGCGAAGAAGAGAGGACACACACAGGUACACACACAUACAGAGCAACACAACCGUGCACAUACACGCGUAUACACACACAUACACAUACACACACAUACACAUACAGAACACUUUGAACGAAAGAAAAACUAGAUGCAAUUCUACGAUCACUGCCAAGGGCGUUAACCGUCGACGUCGAUUUCUCAUUGUCUGAAUGUGUCGUAGUUGUCGUUUUUCUCGAACGCUGCUGCAAAAUGGUUCAACAAAGUAGUCAUGACAGAGUGGAGAAAAAUUGGAGGAUUAAGAACAAAGGGGAGACACACUACUACUACCACGCGCGUCAUUUGGCGACAUCUAGAGAUAUUAUAAGCGAUUAACGAAAACGAGAUAAUGAAAAAUGCAAAAAAUAUAUAUGUAUAUAUUACGUUACAUACAUCUAUAUAUUAUAUAGCGCGUUCGCUCGAGUUUUCUGACGAUGUACGAGCGAACGAUUUGUUCAUGAUACUGCCAAGCGUAGAUUCGAGUUUCUGUGUUUUUUAAGGGACAAACUAUAAUACUCCUUUUAAAUGUGUCGAGCCACACUUAUACUCCACACCAGCACGUAUGCGCGCGCACACGGCACACAUACAGAGACACACAUACACCCUACACUAGAAAGAUUACACACGCUGAUUAUGUACCAUAUGUAUGCGCAUCGUGCCGCAAUCUCUCUUGUCUGUCUGUUUAUCCAACCGAGCACCCUGAUCUGUCCGUUUCUCCUCCUAGGUGUCCCUUUUGCCUGUCCCUACACAUAUGUAGAUGUUUGUAGAAUAUUCCUGAUUUUGGAUCGUGAUCACGGUGACUGAUGGAAGGAAUGAGUUGAGAAAUUAUGUCAAGGUUUUAUUUGAUUAUUCAUUGGAAAUAGCUGUAAUUUGAAUAAUGAAUUUUUCAAAUUAGGAAAAUAAUUGGUAAUAAUUGCUAUCGUAUAGCAAUUAGUAAUUAGUAAAGUGGUUACGCACUGAGUUUUUAAAAAAUACGCAAUUUUGCUAAGUAGCAGAAGUAGGUAGGUUUAUUGUAUGGUAAUAUUGGCAUUGAAUUUUAAUUUUAAUUUUUCACAGAUUUUUUUUUUGUAACGUUAGUGUAUAUUAAUAAGGAGAAUGUUCCUUAAGAAAGUCUAAAAAUCUGUGCAAUGGAAAAAUGUGCAAUGUGAAAAUCUGCAGAAUCUAAAAGUUGUUAAAUCUAGGUUAUAUUGCGAAAGUCUAGAAAUUUAUAAAUCUAUGAAGUCUGUCAAAUCUGAAAAGUCGGAAAAUAUAUAAAUAACGGUUUCAUAGACCACAUUUGUUACAAGUACAAAACAAAGAAACAGUGGAGAAUAAAUACAAUCUCCAUGAUCUUUCUAACCAUAAAGUUCGCUUGUCAGCGAAAUUGAAGUUCUAGUAAGAAAGCGCCCGGCGUGUCCUUCUAACCUCCACCAUGAACACCACGUGUUCGGUUGGGGGCAAUCAGUCACCAUGAAUUCGUAACUUGAUACUUGUACGUGAGAUGUGAAACGACUCUGUACAGUCCUUGUUCGUAAUUAGCCGACAGACGGUUGAGAUACGGUAUUUUCUUAUUGGAGGCAACGUUCGGCCCUGCGAGAGAAAGCGAGAGUAUGAGUGUAAGAGAGCGAGAACGAGAGUGUAAGAGUGCCACAGUGAGGAAGGUUCUUGUUAUUAAUCGCGAAGAUUAAGAGAGAGAGAGAGAGAGAGAGAGAGAGUCGUUCUAAUUUAUUGGAAGCUGUAGAAAAACGAUGAGAAAUGAAGAAACGGAGGAAGCUUAUAAGCUGAAGAUUAUUAUAAAUAAAGUUAAAUGAUUAUACUUUGUUAUGGUAGUUUGAUGCAUUAUUUUUCUGGGUUUGAUAAUAACGUCGACGGCAACAAUAUUCUCCGCCAUCUUUUUUUUCUGUUCUCAUCCGUGGAAUAAUACGAUUUAUAUUGUACAUAAUUGUUAUUUGUAAAACGAGAGAAUGUGAAAGAGGCAGAGAGAAAUGUAAGGAGCCCUGAGAAUUUUUAUCGAAA